AUGCUGAUGAAUGAUUCUAUCAUCAGUCACCCUCCUCCGCUUCUUCAGUCUUCACCACCCACACAUCAGUUUCCUCCAUUUCUUUCCUCUUUCCUCCUCCCCAUUAUACAUCUCCAUCUCCUAUCUCCUCCCCAAAUUCCCUUCUUCCUCCGCCUACACUCUCUUUUUUCCCCAAUUCCCCCCACCCUCAUGACGACCUCCUUCGGGGCUGCCAUCAUCGCCGACGACCCCAAGCUCCACCUCGCCAGAAGCUUCUCUGGCUUGAGGACUGCUUCUAAUUCUCUUUUGCUCACCAAACGCCCUCACCUUUUCUGCCCUUCAUCUUCUCCCGCCGCCUCCUCUCUCAUCCGAGCUGUCUCCACGCCCGUGAGGCCAGAUACUUCUAUUGAGCAAAAACGCAGUAAGGUCGAAAUCUUCAAAGAGAACAGUAACUUCAUAAGAUAUCCUCUCAAUGAGGAGUUAUUAACUGAUGCCCCUAACAUUAAUGAGGCUGCUACACAAUUGAUCAAGUUCCAUGGCAGUUAUCAACAGUAUAACAGAGAUGAACGUGGUGCCAAGUCCUACUCUUUCAUGCUUCGAACUAAGAACCCUUGUGGAAAGGUUUCAAACAAACUCUACCUGGUCAUGGAUGAUCUGGCUGAUCAGUUUGGGAUUGGGACACUUCGCUUGACAACUAGGCAAACCUUUCAACUCCAUGGUGUUUUGAAGAAAGACCUUAAGACAGUAAUGAGUGCUAUCAUUAAAAGCAUGGGCUCUACACUGGGUGCAUGUGGUGAUCUGAACAGAAACGUUCUCGCUCCUGCAGCUCCAUACUAUCGGAAAGAUUAUUUGUUUGCCCAGAAAACUGCAGAAAAUAUUGCUGCGCUCUUAACUCCUCAGUCAGGCUUUUACUACGAUAUGUGGGUGGAUGGCGAAAAAGUUUUGACAGCAGAACCUCCUGAAGUAGUGAAGGCUCGCAAUGAUAAUUCACAUGGUACAAAUUUCCCCGAUUCACCAGAGCCCAUCUAUGGAACUCAGUUCUUACCAAGGAAGUUCAAAAUUGCGGUUGCUGUACCAACAGACAACUCUGUGGAUAUAUUUACGAACGAUAUUGGUGUAGUUGCUGUGUCUGAUGCUGAUGGGGAGCCCCAGGGCUUUAACAUAUAUGUUGGUGGUGGUAUGGGAAGAACACAUAGGUUGGAAAGCACCUUCCCUCACCUUGCAGUGCCAUUAGGUUAUGUGCCAAAAGAGGAUAUACUAUAUGCAGUGAAGGCUAUUGUUGUCACACAGAGAGAGAAUGGGAGAAGAGAUGACCGCAAGUAUAGCAGAAUGAAAUAUUUAAUCAGCUCAUGGGGAAUUGAAAAGUUCAGAAGUGUUGUUGAAGAGUAUUAUGGAAAAAAGUUUGAACCUUGCCAUGAGUUACCUGAGUGGGAGUUUAAAAGCUACUUGGGAUGGCACGAGCAGGGAGAUGGUGGAUUAUUUUGUGGUCUUCAUGUUGAUAGUGGUCGCAUCCAGGGGAUAAUGAAGAAGACUCUGAGGGAGAUAAUUGAGAAGUAUAACUUGAAUGUCCGCAUUACACCAAACCAGAAUAUCAUCUUGUGCGAUAUCCGACAAGCAUGGAAGCGCCCCAUCACUACUGCUCUUGCUCAGGGUGGUCUGCUGCAACCAAGGUAUGUGGACCCUCUCAAUGUAACAGCCAUGGCAUGCCCAGCUUUGCCACUUUGCCCUUUGGCAAUCGCAGAAGCUGAACGGGGAAUACCCGACCUGCUUAAGCGAGUUCGUGCUGUAUUUGAGAAGGUUGGUCUCAAGUAUAAUGAAUCUGUGGUUAUAAGGGUAACUGGUUGCCCAAAUGGUUGUGCUAGACCGUACAUGGCUGAGCUUGGCCUGGUUGGCGAUGGUCCGAAUAGUUAUCAGAUUUGGCUUGGAGGAACACCAAACCAAACUUUACUAGCAAAAGCAUUCAAGGAUAAGGUUAAGAUUCAAGAUCUUGAGAAAGUUCUCGAACCUUUGUUUUAUCACUGGAAGCGGAAGCGGCUAUCAAAAGAAUCAUUUGGUGACUUCACAAACCGUAUGGGCCACGAGAAACUUCAGGAGCUGGUGAAUAAAUGGGAAGGAAUUCCAUUAGGAGCAUCACGCUAUAACUUGAAACUCUUUGCUGACAAGGAGACUUAUGAAGCCAUGGAUACUCUUGCAAGACUCCAAGAUAAGAGUGCUCAUCAAUUGGCCAUGGAAAUAAUCCGCGACUACGUCGCCUCCCACCGAAAAUGGUGAAAUUGAGCUAAGGACCACAAAAGUAUCGAUCUACUCUUGCUGAGCUGCCACAAACAUGAUCUCCCAUGUCAUUGUUACUGGUUGGCAACGGCCAGGAUACAUGUAGGGGACGGUGCGUCGUUUUGUAUCUAGCAAUUGUAUGUAAACCUCAUCUUUGUGUUCAGUUUUCUUGAGGUCAUGUGAAACUAUUUCUCAGUUGUUGGAUUAAAGUGAGAGGGUUUUCAGUAUUCAUUUCAUCUUCACAGAUGGGCUUGGUUGAGCUAGUUCCGAAAUUUAUAAUGAAAGAGAAUCCCUGGUGAACGUUUCUUCAA